GAUAACAAGAAAUGACUGAUUCUUAAAUCACUUUAUGAAAACCUGCCGAACUUUUUCACGAAUUUGGUAAAUCUUUCCAUUUUUGGAAACAAUGGUCAUUGAAACCCUUUAAGAGCAUCCCUUCUUUAUCUUCAUCUCUUUCAUCUGUUUGUCUUCUUCAGUAUCUUAUCACCAUUUUAGAAAAUCCAUUUCUAGAGAGAGAGAGAGAGGGGAAAAAAUGGCUCGUGGGAAGAUCCAGAUCAAGAGAAUAGAGAACCAAACAAACAGGCAGGUGACUUAUUCCAAGAGAAGAAAUGGACUCUUCAAGAAAGCUCAUGAACUCACUGUUCUUUGUGAUGCUAAGGUUUCAAUUAUCAUGAUCUCCAGUACGCAGAAGAUCCAUGAGUAUAUUAGCCCUACGAGCACGACAAAGCAGUUGUUUGAUCAGUAUCAGAAUGCUGUUGGGGUCGAUCUUUGGAUCACCCACUACGAGAAAAUGCAAGAGCACUUAAGGAAGCUGAAGGAUAUUAAUAAGAAUCUUCGAAGAGAGAUUAGGCAAAGAAUGGGAGAGAGCUUGAAUGAUCUAAACUACGAUCAAAUCGUUAAUCUUAUUGAAGAUGUGGAUGAUUCUCUGAGGAAGAUUCGUGAAAGAAAGUACAAAGUGAUUGGCAACCAGAUCGAGACUAGCAAGAAAAAGUUAAGGAACGUCGAAGAAAUUCACAGAAAUAUACUUCUGGAAUUUGUAAGCACCUAA